AUGCAUCUCUGCCGGAGACGAGCCAAUCGCGGGCGCCUCCGCCUACCACCCAGCUACGACAGACUACCUUCUUCUGCGACGUCAAGAUUCACUAUUCAGUCACAAGAAGUGGAAUAUUCGUCCAUUUGGAUUGAGUCCACUUAUUGCAACCACAAAUAUCUCCUUUGCACUUCAACCUCCAGUUCCAUAACCUUGGAUUAUGAAGAAUGGAUCGAGGAUGAAAUUCGUUAUCCUGCCCGCUUGCACCCGAAAGAUCCAUUUAAGCUAGGCGAACUGAUGUGGCCACCGCCACCCCCUGUCACGGUAUCACCCCCGCCCCCGGAAGCGAAGCCCAAGGCUGUGGAGACAGUCGCUGUGGUGCCGGUAGAUCCUCGAGUCGCAAAACUCAAGUCAGCACUCGCCACCAGUGUUGGUCUGUCAGGCCUUGUGGGUCUUGGUCUAGCCUCGCCUUCGCCUGCAUUCAUGCAGACGCUCUCCACUUUCACUCUUGCGGGGAUUGUCGGGUACCACACGGUGUGGGGUGUGACGCCGGCACUUCAUUCACCCCUGAUGUCGGUGACCAACGCAAUCUCGGGCAUCACUGCUGUGGGUGGACUCAUGCUGAUGGGUGGAGGGUUAGCCCCCGUCACUGUGCCUCAGACCAUGGCAACCCUCGCCACUCUCGUCUCAGCUAUCAACAUUGGUGGUGGCUUCCUUGUCACUCAGAGGAUGCUUAACAUGUUCAAGAGGCCCACCGACGCACCGGAGCACAACUACCUGUUUGGAAUCCCAGCUCUGGCAUUGCUUGGCACCUACGGUUACAGUUUGCUGCAAUUUGGGCCCACAAUGGAUCUUGAAGAUGCUCACCACGCUGCCUACCUUGCCUCGUCACUUUGCUGCAUCGCUGCUAUCACUGCUUUGGCCAGUCAGAAGACCAGCCGCCUAGGCAAUCUUCUGGGUAUGAUUGGUGUUUCUGGAGGACUGGCGGUCACUCUCGGCAUGCUACAACCCCAUCCUGAUCUGUUGGCACAAAUGCUUGGUUGUCUUCUGGUUGGUGGAUCUGUCGGUGGCUACGCGGCCUCUCGCAUGGAGGUCACAAGUCUGCCCCAGAUGGUUGCUCUCUUCCAUAGUCUGGUUGGUAUCGCCGCGGUGCUGACCUGUGUGGCUAACUACAUCAUUGAAGCGCCAAUAAUGUUUGCAGAUCCCAGUCUUAUUGGGGCCGGAAAUUUAAUGAAAACUGUCGCCUACUUGGGAACUUGGAUUGGUGGUGUCACCUUCACCGGAUCACUCGUCGCGUUCGGCAAACUUCAGGGCAUUCUGGAUUCCCAACCAUUGUUACUUCCCAUGCGCCACGCGUUGAAUGCUACUCUUGUCGGUAUCUCCACAGCUGGCCUGGGAGCCUUUUUGGCAGCUGGUGGAGAAUUGGAGAACCCAAUGAUGCCUCUGUCCGUGCUGCUCGGCGGUGCUGCCUUAGCAGGCUCAAUCUCUGGUGUCACUCUAACCGCUGCGAUAGGAGGUGCUGAUAUGCCCGUGGUGAUCACGGUGCUCAACAGCUACUCAGGCUGGGCGCUGUGUGCGGAGGGGUUCAUGAUGAACAACAGCCUCAUGACGGUGGUGGGAGCGCUGAUUGGUUCUUCCGGUGCCAUCCUCUCUUACAUCAUGUGCCGGGCGAUGAAUCGCUCCCUUCCCAAUGUAAUUCUUGGGGGUUAUGGCAUAGCUCCUGCUGGGGCCCAGACCGCGGGGCUUACUGGCACCCAUCGUGAGACCUCUGUCGAAGCUGUUGGGGAACUAAUGGAAGACGCCAAGGAUAUCAUCAUUGCACCCGGCUACGGUCUCUGUGUUGCCAAGGCCCAAUAUCCCAUCGCCGAAUUAGCCAGACUUCUCACAAAACGGGGAAAGCGAGUCCGAUUUGCUAUUCAUCCCGUGGCUGGUCGAAUGCCCGGUCAAUUGAAUGUCCUGCUUGCGGAGGCUGGAGUGCCCUACGACAUUGUCUUUGAGAUGGAUGAGAUCAAUCCUGACUUCCCGAAAGCUGAUGUGGUCCUUGUUAUUGGUGCUAAUGACACUGUCAACUCGGCAGCUGAGGAGGAUCCCAACUCUAUACUCGCCGGAAUGCCUGUCCUCCGUGUCUGGUUGGCUAAAAAGGUGAUAAUGGUGAAGCGAACUUUGGGAGUGGGUUACGCAGCCGUGGAUAAUCCCGUGUUCUUCAAGGAGAACACGGACAUGCUUUUGGGUGAUGCAAAGAAAGUCUGUGACGGCCUGCUGGCCCAUUUCAAGGAGUAG